AUUUCCUUUCCAAAAUGAUUAGAUAAGAAGUGCCUUUAUUACAUAUAAAUUUUACAGCGACAGUCAUUUCAACAUUUGAUGAUAGAUUGUUGAACACACAAAAUGAACGUGGUUGUUUUUUGCGCGUUAGUUUUCUCGAGUGCCGCUGGUUUUUUGAUAGAAGGAAACAAUCCAGGAGAAGAGCAUGGACCGCCAGUUGAAAACUUUCCAAAAGAUUGUCAAGAUGUACUGUGGGCAGGCAACACAGAGAACAAAGUAUACACGAUCUAUCCACAGGGAGGUGGAGAUUUAGAUGUUUUCUGUGACCAGCACACAGAUAGAGGAGGAUGGACGGUUAUUCAGAGACGAAUGGAUGGAACGAUAGACUUUUUUAGAAAUUGGAAGGACUACAAAUACGGAUUUGGUAACAAAACAGGGGAAUAUUGGCUUGGUAACCACAGAAUAUAUGAAAUAGUUCAGCAAGGCUACUAUGAACUUAGGAUAGAUAUGUCUGAUUUCAAUGGAGAAAGAAGAUACGCUCUUUACAAAGGUUUCUCUAUCGGAGAUGAAGCCCAUGGCUUCGCUCUUCAUCUAGAAGAUUACGAGGGAACAGCAGGUGAUUCCUUGCUCAGUAGACACAGCGGAUCACAGUUCUAUACAAAAGAUCACGACGAUUCACAUUCAUGUGCUCAUCUUUACAAAGGGGGUUGGUGGUAUAACAAUUGCCAUGCAUCCAAUUUGAAUGGAAUGUACCUCACUGGUAAUCACCUGUCAUAUGCCGAUGGUAUCAACUGGUUUGCUUGGCAUGGAUAUCAUUACUCACUAAAAACCACCGAGAUGAAAAUUAGGAGACUUUGAAGAAAACACGGCUGUAUUAAAGAAUUCCAACGACAUAUGGAGACAUUCUUACCAUGUAGCUAAUAUACAUACCGUCAUGUUGGAUGUAAGCUAUCGGUUAUUACAUAAAGAAAUUAAUAGAGGAAAAUGUUCAACUACAAUGAUUAAACCACCUUUGCCUAAACUCACA